AUGGCUGCAGCUGGGAAUGACCGCUCUUUCCAUGUUUGUUCCCCCUACGCACAGCAGAAGUACAGCAACAUCUCCUGUUUCUGGGAAACACGACCAUCAGGCUGCUUGAGGAUCAGUUGCGCCUUCCAUCAUAGCAAACCUCGCAGCAUAAAUGGACUUUUUUUGCCGCCGAGUAACAAUGCCCCAUUGCAACAAGGUGUCCAAGAAGGGAUUCCGCACCCAGCCCAUGGUCAAGAGUCACUCAGAAAUCAAAAGAAUAUUUUACGACCAAUUCACCCUCCACUGACUAUACACCUCAACGAUGAAGACGACGAUGAGGACGAUGAUGAAGAGGAGGAGAACGGUGCUCCUGACUGGGUGCCUCAGACUGCUGCAGACCUUGAAGAGGAAAGAGCAAUAAAGGAAAUAUGCUAUCAAUCUGGAGAGUAUUACGGGAUUCAGUACCCUCAGGAACACCAAUCAACAAAAACUGUGUCUUCACCUCGGGAAAACGAGCUACUACCCUGGGAAGCUACCGAGCGAGACUUGCAGGCAGGCGACGGUGAUACAAUUCCUACAACAUUUAAGAAUGCAAAAGGAGAAGGAGAGAGCUCAGGAACGACAGUACCAGCAGAGACCAUUCCCAGAACAGAUCGUGGAUCCUUUGAAAACGGAGGAACCAAUCGCAUGGAGCGGGUAAAGAACUAUCCCGGUAAAGAAGCAAAGGAGCAGCAAUGGAUUUCCGAGGGAGAAAGCAAGUCCCAUAACACAGGAACAGGAAAAGAUGCCCCAUUGCAACAAGGUGUCCAAGAAGGGAUUCCGCACCCAGCCCAUGGUCAAGAGUCACUCAGAAAUCAAAAGAAUAUUUUACGACCAAUUCACCCUCCACUGACUAUACACCUCAACGAUGAAGACGACGACGAGGACGAUGAUGAAGAGGAGGAGAACGGUAAACAAUUUUUUCUUUCGUUUACCGGGGGGUAG